GGUACACCAUAUUCAAAAUGGGUUGUUUUUCUUGCAUUAGUUUCUGCUCUAAAGAUGUUGAAAAUUUCGAUGGCGAUUUCGCUUCUGAUGACGUGGCAGAUGAGAAGGUGACAGAUUCUACAAAGGGGAAAAGGUUUAGUAGUCAGAGAGCUAAUGUGGCGCAUAGUUUUACGUUUCGUGAGCUUGCUGUUGUAACACAGAAUUUUAAGGAUGUUAAUUUGAUUGGAGAAGGUGGAUUUGGAUGUGUUUAUAAGGGACGGUUAGAUUCUGGGAAAGUAGUUGCUGUAAAACAGCUCAAUCUUGAUGGUGUUCAAGGGAACCAGGAGUUUAUUGUGGAGGUUCUUAUGUUAAGUCUCUUGCGCCAUUCAAAUCUAGUAACUUUGAUAGGUUACUGCACAGAUGGAGAUCAGAGACUUUUGGUUUAUGAAUACAUGCCCCUCGGUAGCCUUGAAAAACAUCUUUUUGAUCUGGAGCCUGACCAGGAGCCAUUGGAUUGGCACACAAGACUAAAGAUUGCCGUUGGAGCAGCUCGUGGGCUCGAGUAUCUUCAUUGCAAAGCAAAUCCACCUGUAAUUUACCGUGACUUAAAGUCUGCAAACAUAUUGCUGGAUAAAGACUUUAACCCAAAGCUUUCAGACUUUGGACUUGCUAAACUGGGCCCUGUGGGCGAUAAGACUCAUGUCUCGACUAGAGUUGUGGGCACCUAUGGUUAUUGUGCCCCUGAAUAUGCAAUGAGUGGCAAACUCACUAUCAAGUCUGACAUUUAUAGCUUUGGUGUGGUUCUAUUGGAGCUAAUCACUGGACGUAAGGCAAUUGACACGAGCAAGAAACCUGGAGAGCAGAAUCUAGUUGCUUGGUCUUGGCCCUUUUUAAAAGACCGCAAGAAGUUUAUUCAGCUAGUUGACCCGCUACUGCAAGGUCGGUUCUCUGUUCGUUCUGUGCACCAUGUUGUUGCUGUAACUGCAAUGUGUCUGCAGGAGCAAGCCAAUUUUCGGCCCCUGAUUGGUGAUAUUGUUGUUGCACUUGAGUAUUUAGCCUCUCAAGCUGAAAUAUUUGAGAAUCCUAAGAGUUCGACAGAUGCAUCACAACAAUUACCUUCAAAGCAUGAAAAGGACUAUGUUUGUGAGCCAGGAUCUAGAGCAGUCUCUGCUGCUACAUGACGGUUAGCUUGUACCAGAAAUUAAAAUGGCAAAAAUUUUUGACAACAUGUUGAUUCAAAAAUGUGAAUAGGAUGCUUGCCUUAAUCUGAAUCAUAAGGGAUGAUAAUCACUAUGGAUUAUGGAUAUAGCGUCUAAUUUGUUGCCCGUUGUAUAUAAUUUUUAAGCACAUUAACAUUUCAUAUUUAGAUACAAUACUUUUGCUCUUUAUGUUUGAUUGAGAAUCGAAUGAAUGUAGUUAUGUUGA